AUGACGUGGCUUAUGGUGCUGCGUUAAAGCCUAUUGGUACGAACUUGCCACAGAGACCCCAUCCCCGUUCGCUGUCAUUUCUAGCUUAUAUUCGGUCAGACGUUGUUGUGUUAAACGUUACACAGUUAUAAACGGGUAAGCCACCGGACAACUUCACUGGUUCAAGAUGAGGCGCGCCGGUUUGGGCGAAGGAGGCCCUGGGAAUUAUGUGGCGAGUGGAUACAGUGUGUAUGAAGAGGAGAAUGAACAUCUACAGGAGGGGCUGAGAGCUAAAGUCACCGCUUUGAAAAGUCUGUCUAUCGACAUUGGAACGGAAGUCAAAUACCAGAAUACAAUGCUGAGUGAUAUGGACACAGACUUUGACUCAACAGGCGGCCUGCUAGGUGCUACUAUCGGCAGAGUGAAGCAGCUGUCCAGAGGCAGUCAGGCCAAGCUGCUGUGCUACAUGCUGCUCUUCUGCCUUUUCGUCUUCUUUGUCCUGUACUGGUUCAUGAAGCUGAGGUGAUAGGCGGGCCCUGUUGGCCUCCUAACUCCCCUUCAUCCACAGUUUGUGUCGUGCUGAUGAGCCUCAAAACUAGACCCACGUAAUGUUGAUCAGGAGAGGCAGGGAUGUUUUUGUUUCAAGUGUCUCAGCUUUACAUGUACCCACAUCUCCAAGUAUUUCAUGAAUAAAAACCCCAAAAUUGAGUCAUGAAAGAACUCCUACUGAUGCUGUGAGAUGGAACCCCAAAAAGUGAAAUGGGUCUAAGAUGAUUAAUGACCAUGUGAAGUAGGAUUUGUGUACUGUAUAUGUAUAUCUGAAGCAGACACGGACAGUACAUGUAUGUGCUUGAUAGCCCAAUUUAGCUGGAUGAGAAGAUGAGACCUAACAUUGAAUGUGUAACUGUAGAAGAUAUUCCCCAUUGCUGGACUAAAAGGAUUAUCUUACUUUAUCGAGAUACUAUGGUGUCAAAAAGCUAAAUGCAGUCGGGGGCACAUUAUGAGAGAUGUGAUAAGAGUGAUUAAUUGGCAAAUGUGUUGAUACAAUGUUGUGUUAAAAGUGAUUAAGUUAUAGAAUGCUACUUGAAGCAAAUAAUCUAGUGUUUUUGCUUUUAAGAAUGAAUGGAUGUAUUACAGCAGUUGGCAGCCAUUCAAAAAUGAAUAACUGUUCUUUAUUUUAUUUUGGUUGUAAAAAUGUUUUUUUAUGUAAAUAAACACAUUUUAUGCUCUGAAUUAACCAGUAUGAGUGUGCUACUUACACAUAUAGAGAAUGCAUUACAAACAUUAAAACAACUGGUAUUUUACUCUUUUAUAAAUUUGUCAAUAACAAAUAAAACAAUAAAAUCUU